AGCUGUGGGUGGGUCUGCUUUCAGAAGAAACUGUCUCUCCAGGUUAGACCUGUCACCACGGCCUGUGGCCCCUGCCGGCGUCGCCCAACGGCCCCAACAGACUAGGAGGAGGACGACGCGCUCGAAACUCAUAUCCCAGAUCCCAGCCAGAGCUGUGACUGUGCCAGUCAAGUGGACUGCCUUGACAGGUGGUGAGCACUCUGUCACUGGGAGAAUCCAAGCAGGGCUGCCAUGGAGGAACAUGCAUACUCAGUAGAGUUCCCAAAGUUUCCCAGGAGGCGGCGGCAGUGCUGCCAGCGGGGGACGCUGCUCGCACUGCUGGGACUGGUGACCACCGCGAUGUGGGCCGGGCUGCUGACCCUGCUUCUCCUGUGGCACUGGGAGACUGUGCAGAAGCUGAAACAGCUGGAAAAGACCGCGGCCCAGAACGACUUGGAGACUGUGCAGAAGCUGAAACAGCUGGAAAAGACCGCGGCCCAGAACGACUUGGAGACUGUGCAGAAGCUGAAACAGCUGGAAAAGACCGCGGCCCAGAACGUCUCUCAGGUUUCCAAGGACUUGGAAAAACACAAGGGGGAGCAGGUGGCCCAGGAAUCCCAGGCUGCCAAGAUGUCGCAGAGCAUGGAGAAAAUCCAAGAUGAGCAGAACAGAAUGAAAUCUCAGGACUCGGAGCUCUCCCGGAACCUGAACGGACUUCGCGAGGACCUGAGCGACCUCCAGUCCCAGGGCUUGAAUGAGAGACGCGCAGCCUUGCACGCACUGGACAGGCUCCAGGAGGAAGUGGCGAAGCUGUGGAUAGAGCUACGCGUGUCCAACGGCUCCACGUGUAACACGUGCCCCGACGACUGGGUCCAUUUCCAAAAGAAGUGCUACUACUUCGGGGAGGGCCCCAAGCGGUGGAUCCAGGCGCGGUUCGCCUGCAGCAAGCUGCACGGGCGGCUGGUCAGCAUCCACAGCCAGGAGGAGCAGGACUUCCUGACCCGCCACGCCAACAAGAAAGGCUCCUGGAUUGGCCUUCGGGACCUGAACAUAGAAGGGGAGUUUGUCUGGAUGGACCAGAACCCCCUGGACUACAGCAACUGGCAGCCGGGGGAGCCCAACAACGGGGGCCAAGGCGAGGACUGCGUCAUGAUGCGGGCCUCCGGGCACUGGAACGACGCCUUCUGUGGCAGCUACCUGGACGGCUGGGUGUGUGACCGGCUGGUCACGUGCUGACUGCCCACCAGCCACCUCGGCCCCCCUGGGUCCACGGGGAUUUGUCCUGAGUCGUGGACCCUGACAGCCCCCUGCCCGCCCACCAGGAGCGCCCCUCUGUGUCACUCCCCCAUCUCAAACACGGGAACAGCAAGGCCCAUGGCAGGACCCUGAGGACCCCCGCCCAAGGCCUGGACACCUCUUUGGUGGCUGAAGGGUCCUGGUGAUACUUCCUACACCCCAAAUGGAAGCAGCUGACCCAUCCUCGGCUCCUGCCAACGCCCCGGAGGGCUUGUCCCUUGUUCCUCAGGCCAGCUGGCCAUUGCCACCUCCCUGACUUUAAGGGCUUGAGGAUCCCACCUCGAGAACCCCUGCCCACGAGCCUGAAGGCUAGCAGCCCCCUCCUCACUGGGGCACAGCUCCUGGCAGCCCAGCCGUCCAGGGAGCGGCCCCGACCCGUGUGCUUCCUGUCGCCCCGACCUGGCCGUCUGCUGGAGUCAGGAGUGAACCCCCACCCGUGCCCUCCCCAGACGCCGCGCGUGUCCGGGCACCACACGACAGAGUCCCCCGCUCAGGCAGCCAGUCCUCCCCACCCGGCCUGCAUCAGUAAGACAGGGCGACGGGGGCCCCUCAGCCUGGCCCCCUCCUCAGGGGCCUGCAGGUGUGGAAGGUGGGAGCUGGGAGGCCCAGGGCCCAGCACGGGGUGGGGACAGGACUGGGCCUCUGGAGCGAAAGAUGGGCUGGACUCCAGGUCACCUGUGCUCUCUAUUCACUGCCCAUCCCUAGAUGUCUGUGUCCCCCAGCUCCCCACCCCGGAACUCCCAGCCAGCGCAAAACUGCCUACCUGAGCCCUCCACACUGUAUUCGAGGCUCCCCUCUACCAGUCACUCAGGCCCGCACUGGGGGCACCCUGGCCACCUCGUUCCCUCACUGCCCCCUCCAAACCCAUAAGGAGAGCCAUGGGCCGUGGUGUCCAGACACAUUCAGAAUCCACCCACUGCCUUGGCGUGGCCCCCAUCCUCACUCCCUCUGGUCUCCCUCUUCACUGCCCCCAAACAUUCUAGAAGUUUCCUUUCAAUAUAGAGGAAAAGCCAAAGCCUUACAGGGUCCUUUGCGAUCUCAGAACCCCUCCCACGUGCCUUAUCUCCCCAACUUCACUUUCUCUUUCUCCUCCCCGCAUCCGGCACCCACCCCAGCCACCUCCCUAUACCUUAAACAUUUAGGCUCACUCCCACCCCAGGGCCUUUGCACAUGCUGCCUCCCCUGCUAGCUCCUCAGUGAGGCCUAUCCUGAGCUCUCCCUCCCUCCCAUUUAAAAUGACAGCCCUGACUCCCAGUCCGUUUUACUCCUCUGUACUCUCCCACCACGGCACCCUUCUCCUUCCGACAAGAUGUGUAAUUCACUGAUCUGUUCACUGCCUGUGUACACGGGUUAGAAUGCAAGCUUCAGGAGGGCAGGUGCCUGCCUUUGUUUGGUUCUCAGCUGUCCCCAGCGCCUGGCACACAGUAGGCGCUCAAUAAAUAUUUGUUGAAUUAAUUAA